AUGAAUAAGAGAGUUAAUAACGAAAAAGAAAAGAAGUUAAGUCUUCAAACUAUUGAAAAGAUAGAGAAGAUUUUAGAAAGUAAUAAAAAACCUAAUGAGAAGAAAAUUGCUUUAUUUAAUGUGAUAAAGAAUUUAAAAGUAGGAGAAAUGAAACCUGACAAAAAGAAAAGAAUAAACUAUCUACUUGAAGGUCAUUUACAUGCUGAAUUAGCAAAACAAUACAUGAGGGAAUAUAAAAAAGAAACUGCUAAAAGUUUCAAAACCGAAAAAACAGAUUGGUUCAUCAGCAAUUAUCGAGUAGGUUAUAUCCCUAACUUACCCGGAAAACUAAUACUUACUCUAGACAAAAGCGAAAGUUUAGAGGAAGAAGUUGAAAAACUAGACAAGUUUGCUAAAAGACCAAUUAAAUAUAAACAUCGAGACUAUGUUGAGUUCAUAGAAGGAAUAAAACGAGAAGGAGCAGGGAGGAAAAGACUAUUUGGUAGAAUACAUCUUUAUCAUUUAAUUCAUUCUAUUCAAACUAGAAAAGCAAAAACAUUAAUAGAAAUAUCAGAUUAUAUUUUUCAAAAAACAGGUUUAAGAAUAAGUAAAUCUACUAUUCAUCUGACAUUGAAAAGGAUUAAGUAUUCUUACCAAGUAAUUCCUUAUCGCCACCCAAAACAGAAAUAUAAUUUGCCUGAAGUUAUUGAGUUUAUGGAAAGGGCAAAUAAAUUGCCUCCUAGGCAGAUUUUAGCCACUGAUGAAAGCGGUCAUCCUUUAAAUCUAGCUCUUAAAAGAGAUGCUGUAAAUGCUGAGGUUUUUGCUAAUUUCCUUGCUAGGGUUGAACUUUCUAAUGAGGGGAAACAUUAUCUUUUAUUGGAUAAUAUUGCUUUUCAUAAAUCCAUCAAGGUUAAAGAAUUAUUAACUAAAAAGAAUAUCGAACCUAGAUAUAUCGUGGCUUCUAAUCCUUAUUUAAAUCCAGUAGAGGAAGUUUUUAAUGUGAUUAAGCAAUAUGUUCGAAAACAGAGACCAAGAACAGAGGAAGAAUUAAGGAAAAGUAGUAUGUCUGCUUUUAACGAACUUUUUGUCAAAAAAGGAGUGUUGAAAGUUAUUACCCUUACUCCUGAACUUUGCUUAGUUAUUUUUAAGUGA